AUGCCUGGACUGCAGGGCUUCUCCAAUGGCAUGUUUGCAUGCAUGCCAGUGUACAGCAAGGCGGCAGUGAGUGCACAGUGCAAUGCCAUCGCCGAUGCUCACUGGCAUAUGAACGUGCAUUAUGAUCAUGUGAUGGCGUCGAGCAAAAAAGAAGUAGCUCAAUCGCGAAACGUCCGGCUUGAACGUGAAGGCAUCUGCGUUCGCACACCGAAACUGCCUCGCCUACGCAAUGUGACGAUCAAUGGGUAUCGCUUCCGGGUUUCACCAAUCCUGGAUGGCCUUUUCCGGUUCAUGGCUGAAAGGCAUCGAAUCUUCAAGCGUCGGUUAGAAGGUAGACCCGCUCCCUGGACAGAUGAUCCAAUCCUCGCAAGCUAUCCAUUUACCAACGUCUUCCGUGUCUAUGACAAGACUACGCAGUUUGUUCUGCACAGGGUCAUCCCAGGGGGGAGUCAGGACAUGCAGGAGUCGUGCUUCCGUGUUAUGCUGUUCCGACUAUUCAAUCACACUGGGACCUGGCAGCUCCUGCAGGACCAUUUUGGAGAGAUCUCCUGGAGACAAUUCGAUCUUAAACAAUACGAAUCAGUGCUUUCUGCUGCCUAUGCUGCUCGCCGGACACUGUAUGGGCAUGCAUACAUUUUACCUGCACCGAGAUUUGGCGCUGGUGGGAUCAAUGCCGUCAAUCAUCUCCGUCUGCUGCAGAUAAUGAUGGACAUGAAUGCACCGGAACGCCUGAAGAGAUUUCAGUAUCUCAAGGAUGCUCAUGGCUGGCUCUGUCUCUUUCCUAGCUUGAGUGACUUCACUGCUCUCCAGCUCCUUCUUGAUCUGAACAUGCUUCCCCACUUCAAGUGGAAUGAAGAUGAAUGGGUCGCUUUAGGCCCAGGAUCUAUGCAGUGCAUCCAGAAAAUCUUUGGUGAGGCCGUCAAAGGCCAUGAAUAUGAAGCCUUCCAGUACCUUCAUGCUACGCAGCAUGAGCACUUUUCUCGGCUGGGCUUCACACCAGACCUCCUUCCCCGUCUUCAUCCAGACCAUCGUCCUGGUAUCACUAUGGUAGACCUCGAACAUUCACUUUGCGAAUGUGAGAAGUACUCCAGAGAACGCUGGCCUAACAUCAAAGGAAAGAGGACCCAGGUCGGAAAAUCCACGUUUACACCAAAGAGUAUCACCAUCACUGCUGAUCUACCCGCACACUGGCUUGAACACCCCCCUUCACAUGUCGCCACUCCUCAUCGCCCACCUCCCAUCCGAGCAGCAGAUGGGGAGCCUCCGGAAUACGAGGUAUCGCACAUUGUCGCCGAAAGGGUAACCCGAGACUCGGUGCAGUAUUUGAUCCGCUGGGCUGGCUAUGCACCUCAUGAAGAUACGUGGCAAAAUGUGGCAGAUCUACAAGGGGCUUCGAUGGCUUUGCGCGAAUGGCAGUCCUUCAAAGAGGAUAUUCAUCGCAAGAUGGCUGUUUACAAGCAUUCAGAUAGCAUAUUUGGAAGCAGUGGAAAUAGGAGGCUGUAG